AUGCGCAGGCAGAAGCGCACACUUAGACAAGACUACAAAGAUCCGCUCAACAGCAAGCACAGGCGAGGACUAGCGCUCUACGAGCAGAACAAGUAUAGAAAGGCUGAGGAGAUUCUUCGACAAGUAGUGCGCGGGCGGGAGCGGACACUAGGACAAGAACAUGAAGAAACACUUAACAGCAAAUACUGGCUAGGGUUGGCAUUAUGCCAGCAGGACAAAUGCAGCGAGGCUGAGGAGAUACUGCGACAAGUUGGGCGCAGUCGAGAGCAAACACUUGGACAAGACUAUGAAGAAACGCUUAGCAGCAAGCACUGGAUAGGAGUAGUACUCUACCAGCAGAACAAGUACAGCGAAGCUGAAGAGGUGCUUCAACAAGCUGUGCGUGGGCUGGAGAGGAUACUUGGACAAUACGAUGAAACGACGCUUUAUAGCACGCACUGGCUAGGGCUAGCAACCUACAAGCAGGACAAGUACGGUGAGGCUGAGAAAGUAUUUCAACAAACCACGAAUGGGCGGGAGCGGACACUUGGACGAGAACAUGAAGAAACGCUCUAUAGCAAAUACUGGCUAGGAUUGGCAUUUUGCCAGCAGGGUAAGUACAGUGAGGCUGGGGAGGUGCUUCGACAAGUCGUACGUUGCCGAGAGCAGAUACUUAGACAAGACCAUGAGGAAACGCUUAGUAGUAAGUACUGGCUUGGCUUAGCACUCUACGAGCAGAAUAAGUGUAGCGAAGCUGAGGAGGUGCUUCAACAAGCCGUACGCGGACGGGAGAAGAUACUUGGAUACGAACAUGCAGACACGCUCUACAGCAUGCACUGGCUGGGACAAGCAAUCUAUAAGCAGAAAAAGUACGACGAGGCCGAGGAGAUUCUUUGGCGAGCUGUGUACGGACAAGAACAGACAUUUGGACAAGAGCAUGAAGAAACGCUCUAUAGCAAGCACCUACUAGGGCUAGCACUGUACAAUCAGAAGAAGUACAGUAAGGCUAAGGAAGUACUUCAACAAGCCGUGCGCGGGCGGGAGCGGACACUUGGGCCAGACCAUGAAGAUACGCUU